AUGUCUUCAAUCAUGAUGUCAGCAAGUGGAAGGGGUUUGACCCAAUCCAUGAAACAAUUCACUAGAUCUUAUACUACUGCCGCUCCAAUGAGCAGGUUCGAGACAAAGAAGAAGAUCAACUAUGAGGGUAUUGACCAGAAGUUGAAGCAGUUCAGAUUGCAUCACAACAAGCCACUCACCCUUGCUGAGAAGGUCUUGUACGGUCAUUUGGAGGACCCAUCGACCAAGGUCGAGAGAGGUGUUACCUACCUCAAGUUGCACCCAGAUCGUGUUGCCAUGCAGGAUGCUACAGCUCAGAUGGCAGUGUUACAGUUUAUGUCUGCUGGUUUGCCAGAGACUGCAGUGCCAACUACUAUUCACUGUGACCAUUUGAUCGAGGCCUUUAAGGGUGGCCCCACUGACUUGGCCCACGCCAAGGACAUUAACAAGGAGGUGUACGACUUCUUGGCCUCGUCAGCCGAGAAGUUUGGCAUGGGCUUCUGGAAGCCCGGUUCAGGCAUUAUCCAUCAGAUCGUUCUGGAGAACUACGCCUUCCCAGGUGGUCUGAUGAUCGGCACUGACUCUCACACCCCCAACGCUGGAGGUCUGGGCAUGGUCGCCGUCGGAGUCGGAGGUGCCGACGCCGUCGAUGUGAUGGCCGGUAUCCCAUGGGAGCUCAAGGCCCCCAAGGUCAUCGGAGUCAAGCUCACUGGCUCGCUCAAGGGCUGGUCUUCACCAAAGGACGUCAUCCUUCGUGUGGCUGACAUCCUCACCGUCAAGGGAGGCACGGGUGCCAUCGUCGAGUACUUUGGACCAGGUGUCGACUCACUGUCCGCCACCGGUAUGGCCACCAUCUGUAACAUGGGUGCUGAGAUUGGUGCCACCACCUCGAUCUUCCCCUUCAACAACAGAAUGGCCGACUACUUGAACGCCACUGGCAGAAACGGCAUCACCAAGGCCGCCACCCACUACCGCCACAACCUCGUUGCCGACCCCAACGCCCAGUACGACCAGCUGAUCGAGAUCAACCUCGACACUUUGGAGCCAUACGUCAACGGCCCAUUCACACCAGACCGUGGCCACCCACUGUCCAAGUUCGCCGACUCUGUUCGCCAGAACAAGUGGCCAGAGGAGCUUCUCGUUGGUCUUAUUGGCUCGUGCACCAACUCCUCCUACGAGGAUAUGUCGCGUGCCGCCUCUGUCGCCCAGCAGGCAUUGAACCACGGCAUCAAGUCCAAGGCCAAGUUCACCAUCACCCCAGGUUCAGAGCAGAUUCGCGCUACCAUCCAGCGUGACGGACAGAUCGAAGUGUUUGAGAAGGUCGGUGGUGUUGUGCUCGCCAACGCCUGUGGCCCAUGCAUUGGCCAGUGGAAGAGAGAGGACAUUGCCAAGGGACAGAAGAACUCGAUCAUCACCUCAUACAACAGAAACUUCACCGGCAGAAACGACUCCAACCCCAACACUCACGCUUUUGUCGCCUCGCCAGAGAUCGUCACAGCCAUGGCCAUUGCUGGUGACCUCACAUUCAACCCAGUGACUGACUACCUGACAGACGCCAACGGACAAAAGUUCAAGCUGGACGCCCCACGCGGCGACGAGCUGCCAUCGCGCGGAUUCGACGCUGGUGAGGACACCUACCAGGCACCAUCGGCCAACGCCGAGAACAUCAAGGUCAAGGUCGACGUUGCAAGCCAGCGUCUGCAGCUCCUCGAGCCAUUCCAGCCAUGGGACGGCCAGGAUCUGACCGACAUGCAGGUGCUCAUCAAGGUGCAAGGCAAGUGCACCACCGAUCACAUUUCGAUGGCCGGCCCAUGGUUGAAGUACCGUGGCCAUUUGGACAACAUUUCGAACAACAUGUUGAUCGGCGCCAUCAACUCUGAGAACGGCAAGGCCAACGCCGUGCUCAACCAGUUCACUGGUGAGACCGCCCCAGUGCCCACCGUCGCCCGUGACUACAAGAAGCGUGGAGUGUCGUGGGUCGUCAUUGGAGACGAGAACUACGGUGAGGGAUCAUCGCGUGAGCACGCCGCCCUCGAGCCACGUCACUUGGGUGGCAAGGCCAUCAUUGUCAAGUCGUUCGCCAGAAUCCACGAGACCAACUUGAAGAAGCAAGGAAUCUUGCCACUGACCUUUGCCAACCCGGCCGACUAUGACCGCAUCACCGGUGACGACGUCGUCUCGAUCGUCGGACUCAAGACCCUUGCCCCAGGCAAGCCACUCAAGAUGAUCGUCAAGAACGCCAAGUCUGGCAACGAGUUUGAGGUAGUCCUCAACCAGACCAUGAACGAGGGCCAGAUCGAAUGGUUCAAGCAUGGAAGUGCUCUCAACUUUAUCAAGAAGUCAAAGAAAUAA